AUGGCGGCCGUCGUAUGGAUGCUGUGGAGCCUGGCGCUGUAUAGUCAAAGCGUGGAUUCCUCCAUUUGCAACGUCACCUGCUUCACUGACUACAAAAUCCUGGUUAACUGCUCGUGCGCUGGCGUUCCUGCGCGCCAGCUACGUCUCCGCGUCAACUGCAGUGACGGUGAGCUCACCGCGGCCGACGGUUGCCAUGUGACGCCUCCCCGCUCUUGGUGCGUCACCUACCCGGCGGCGCUUUACGACAUCGCCGCCGUAGGGACCGAGUGCACGACGGCGGUCGGGACGCAGGAAGGCCCCGAUAGCGAGUUUUCCAGCUGGGCGCUCUACGACGCGGUGAAACCUCCGCCGCCUUACAACGUCCGAGUGACCGGCUCCUCCGACGACUCUUACAACAUCACGUGGGAGCACGACGACGCCGAGUACGGCUGCCUGCAGUACAGCCUGCGAAUCCGAGGUCCUUCGCUGAACCCGGCACGCUCCUUUCCGGUGGACGCGACGUUCCUGACGGUGAGGCGCGAAUCGCUGCCGCCUCAAGCCGAAUUUCGCGCAGACGUACGGGGAAAGUUGUGUCCCGAUAACCCGGCGCAAGGCCCUUGGAGCGAGUGGAGCUCCUCCGUCAAUUGGACCCCCGCGUCCAUAAAAUCUGCUGACAUUCCAGUGAGAGGAUCCCGACUCCCCGCCCUCUUGGUUGUCCUCGUCACAGUUGCGGCGCUGCUGCUGGCCUGCUCUCGCAAUCCGUUGUUGCUGAAAAGAAUCCGAAUGAGCACGUACGUAUCCAGGCCGCACGACUUCUUCAAGCCGCUCUACCUCAACUACGGAGGCGACUUUAAGGAAUGGGUGAAGCCCACGUUCAGCGAGCACGACUUGUUGCGAAACACCUCGCCGACAGAUCCAACCGCCACCGUCGACAAGCCGAUCUCCCAAGGGGACCACGACGAUACACCGCGCCUUCUCCGCUGUCCCAUCCUAUCCAUGGGAAAAGGCCACGUGUCCAUCCACACGGUGACCGUGCAAGAAGAUGACGACAACGGUCCCGAUUUCGAGCCGCCGGCGGAAGAGGACGCCCUAUCGGACGAUGGGGAAGCGGAGAAAUCCUGUCUGUCGGACGACGGCUACCCACGCCUAGACUUGGACACGGCGGAUAGCGGUUUCGGGGAAUGCGCCAGCCCAACCCAAUCGAGCUCGGGACAACCGGCUGAUUUCCUAGAUGAUGGGCUCAUCUCGCGCUCCAACUACGUCAAGCAGUGGAUUAUGGGUAACGACGCCCAAGAUGCUCUGACUUCAACACUUGAGUAG